UAUCUUUGCUUCUAUAUAAGAAUACCUUACAUUUCGUGUAUCUUGCACAUUCACUUCCAUACUUAGCAAUUUGGUUUUGCGCUUUGAUGAGACUAGCUUUUCUGAUGGAGUUUCUUUUCAGCAUGGCUCUUCUGCUUUGCCUUAUGGCCUGCCAGGCUGAGAUGAAGGAUUCCUCUACUUCCAUGCCCUUAGCUUUAAGUUAUUGGAACCACAAAUUGCCCACAACUCCCAUUCCUACUCUUUUGCUUGCCCGCCUCUCAUCUCUGCAGCCAAACACCUCAUCUUAUCCUAACCAAGUACGCAUCGUGUUAGCGAAACUCAUCGUCUAUAGUUAUACUGCUUCUGAAAAUAUGGGAAACCAUUCAACAACCUCAGUGUCUUCUGGAACAAUAUUUUUCCUCCAAAAAAAUAUAGGCAUUGGAAGCAACUUCAGUGUGGACAUGGUAGACUGGAAAAAUACAGAGACAUUAAAUUUCAUUCCUGCUGUCUUGGCCAACGAAAUACCUUUCUCAACAAAAAAUCUUUCUGUAUCUCUAAAUAAACUCCACAUAUCCCCAGAUUCCGGGAUGGCUCUUACUAUGAAGCAAACUUUAGAAAUCUGUGAGAAGUCUACCAUGAUUGGGGAAAGCAAAAAAUGUGUAACUUCACUAGAGUCCAUGAUUGACUACAGUACCUCUCAAAUUGGAACAAAUGAUGUCAAUGUAUUUGUAGUCAAUGUUUCGAUGGUUACAAAGUCAGGAUUGCAACAAUAUUCCCUUGCUUCAAUUCCCUUCGAAAGCAAACCCACUUCCAGAGUUGUAGCCUGCCACACCAUUAGAUAUGCAUAUCUUGUAUACUUGUGCCAUCAGAUAAAAGACACAAGAAUAUACAAACUUUCUCUGAAGACUGAUGAAGGAAAUGUUGCAGAAAUGUUAUCUCUUUGUCAUGAAGACACCAGUCAGUGGAGUCCUGAGCACGUAUCCUUCAAGAUGCUCCAUGUGAAACCAGGGGGUGAGGCCAUCUGCCACUUCAUGCCAGACGAUUCCAUUGUGUGGGUUGCUGCCAACUAAGACUCUUCAAUCUGGCCUCUACUUAUGUGCAUACUUCUUACUACUAUCAACAAUAAAUCUCUAUCCUUUGUAUGGAGAUUGUUUGUUUCCUGCGAGCCUGCUAGGGCUUUUUUUUAUGUAUUUUGAUAUCCACUGCAUCUAUGCUUUAUUGUAUACCGAUGGGUGUAUAUAUAUAUUAAUGUUACGUAUUUAUAAAA